AUGUUUGUAAUAACUGCGUAUAGAUGGUACGCCCGGAACCCAGUGGUAACUGUGAUAGAAAGUACGCAAGGUGCAAUUUGGGAUGUGCCAUUCCCCGCAGUUACUGUUUGCGAUAUUAAUGUCAUAUCAAAAAGAGCGGCUCGGUCUCUUUCAAAUAACUUGACUUUGCCGCUGCAUAUAACACCGGACUAUGUGUUUAAGGCGUUAAAGCUAGUACCGCUUUUGUUUCUUGGGACAAAUGUAAAGCAAAAAGACAAAGAGAAACUAAAAAUACUUCAAGAUAUCAUCGACACGAAUGGCAUUACAAUUAAGACUUUGUUCACAACCUUAUCACCGACAUUCUCUUGCGAUAAUCUGAUUCAACGUUGUAUGUGGAAAAAUAUAGUGUACAGAUGCGAUCACCUAUUUCAGCAGGUGACAAUAAAAAUAGGCAUCUGCUGUUCCUUCAACUACUUUGCUGUCAAUGAUUCAGACAGCCUAAACCCGGAUUUAUUGAGAUUGUCUACCCCUCGCCGAGUAGCCUCUUGCGGUUAUCAGACAGCAUUGACAGUACUGUUGAAAGUAGAUGUUGAUGACUACUACAGCUCGGGGAUUGCAACACAAGGAAUACUGGUGUUCAUAGACAACGCCUACAAUAUACCAGACCAAGAUUCACCUGCAAGAAUGGUAUCUCCAUCCAGCGAGGUCCUUAUUGCAUUAGCGCCAGAACGUACUUACAGCACUUCGGGAAUAAAGGCUUUCACGCCUGAACAACGGCAGUGUUAUUUUCACAACGAGGUGACCAUAUCAAAUUUUAAACAAUACUCGUUUCACAACUGUAUGGUGUUCCAACGCAUACUUACAAUUAAAACCGAAUGUGGUUGUGUGCCUUGGUUUUUUCCUGAAAAAGAUGGCUAUCGCGUCUGCAACUUCAGAGAUAUCGACUGUAUGGAGACCCUUCCAGAACGUGUUACGAUCGAAGAUAUAGUAAAUUUGCCGGAUUCUGUACCGUGUUUGCCGGAGUGUGAGCAUUAUGACUAUCCCUUGGAAGUUGCCAUGGGGAAAUUGAGCGGCAAAGUACCCUUGAAUGGCCUGCCGUUUUUCGAAAAUGUGAACAUAGAAAAUUCAUCAGUUCUCAAUAUUUUCUUUAACGAUUUGGUGUCAACAAGAUAUCGACGUGAUGUUUAUCUCAACUGGCAAAAUAUAUUAGCUGCAUUUGGAGGUCUUCUUAGCCUCAUGCUGGGAUUCACGUUUAUUUCCGGAAUUGAUUUCGUUAUAUUUUUCAUGUUUCGAAUUGUAUAUGACUGCACAUUCAGCAAUAUUUGGGAGGAAAAGGAAUGGACGCCAGAUAACAAGAUUAUCCAAGUUGAGGAGAAAAAAAAAUCUAAGUUUUCUUCUAAGAGGGUGUGGAAAACUAGGUAUUAAGAGCACGAUAGAAAUCAGUGUAAGAUACUCGUACUUAACAACAUAACAAAAAUUUUCAGCGCUUAUUUUUAAUACUCCUAGUCACAAUUCACGCUUUAUGAGAGCAAUUAUUGUUGAUGGCAAAAUCACUAAACAUAUCUAAGGUUCUUAAAAUUAUACUUAUAAACUCAUUUCAUUAAAUGAAACAUUCGUCUCUUUUUAUCAAAUUAUGUUUACACUGUGAUGAAAAGAGACCAAUGAGUAUUUUAGUGUUCGAUUGCACUUUUUUUAAGAAUAAGGGGUUUGACGUAGAUUACUUAUAAUGCAAAAAUAUCCGAUUACUUUGGCUUAUUUAAGGAAAAUACCUUUUUGUCAAUAAAACAAAUAUAUAAUGAAUAGUUUAAAUAAUUCUGUAUUGACUUUAAUCUUGAUCCACAUAGAGGCCGUUGAAACAGGUAAAUAUAUACUUUUAUAAACAUAGUAUUUAGCUGUAGUAAUAUUGAGUAAGUGAUAGACGUUUUCAAAUCAUGCACUUUUGUAAUUCAUAUUUCCCUCUUUUAUGCACCUACAAAUUGAAAGCAUUAUUGUAUUCGCCUAGAGAAAGAUAAUUAAAAUAAAUAAUAAUUACAUUGAAGAUUAUAUAAUGAAUAAUUUAUAU